GAGGGAAGCGCGUGUACGCGUUGCACCACGCUCGCUCUCUCGUCUACGCACUCACGCACGAGCACGAGCAGGGGCAGGAGCAGGAGCAGGAGCAUAGAGUCGCACGGUCCUUUUGGCCCUUCGUCAGUCAGUCGAGAGUCGGACGUGCGAGCGACACUUUGAUUCGAAUUCAGCAGCGUGGGUGAAGUGACGCAGAAUUGUUGUUUCGUGGGACGGGAGUGCGACUGUUGUUGGCCCGAGUGAAUCGCCGAUAAUUGUCGACCGGUGCUCGGACUUUAAUUUUUCACGUCCUUUUUAAGAAAUUUAAUCGCGAAUCGAAGAUGACGCUAGACAGGAUGAGCGCAAUGUGCAUCGUCCUACUCUUUGCAAUCUCGUCUCUCAUCGAGGUCGGCGAGGGUCGGGCGCAUCUACGUCAUCAUCGGGGCGACUCCCACUGCAGCCGGUGUGCCCCUGGCUGGGGUGUCCUUGAACCCUGCGGCCGUGGCAGGGACACCGUCUGCGCGGAGUGCCAGCCCGGCACUUACUCGCCCCAUCACGGUAGCCAGCCAUGCUGGAUCUGCUCGAGGUGCGGACCGGGCCUCUACGAGGCGCGCCACUGCAACCCGAGUGCCGACACCCUCUGCGACUCUUGUCAUAGGCGGGCCCCGAACAAUGCCGAUUACAGGCGCAAGUGUGCCGGGAGCCCGGGCGUCUUCCUCGCGCCGGAGGACGCGCGCGAUACCGGCGAGCAGAGCGAGCUCGUUAACGAGGACUCGGUCGACGGUGAUGAGGAGGGGGUGGACGAGGAGAAGGAUCGAGAAGGCCGGGAGAGACUGCUCUGGGAGGACGCGCAGGCCCAAAUGCGAGAGGACGAGGGCAAGUCCAAUGCCCUGAGGCCCGAGUAAGCAGUUCGAGGUGUAGUAGCUACCAGGAAUCGUCAUGGGGACGUUAGUUACGUGUGUCUGUGCCGUGGAUGUAUUACGUAUGAAGCUGGCGGACUUUGCUGGAGUCCCGUUGAGCUUGUGAACAUUUUUUGGACGAUGCUUUGCCGAUGAUAUCGACAGAUAAUGUGCGUACCGGCACGUCCCAGUCUCUUCGAUGUUUUGCCCUGAUAAUUUUUUAUUUCGGCGAAGUGGGAUGGGGAGGGUGUAGUCGCGCGCUGUUUAAUGUUUAAU